UCACAUGGUCACCUUCAACCUCUAUGCCAAACAAACACUGAUAAAUCCACACCCAAGAAAAUUUUGGAAUUUGGAUAAAAAAGAAUACUUCAUCUUGAUUUGAUUUGAUUAUAAGAUGAUAAUUUUGAGGUUGAAAAUGACACCCUUUUCAAAAUUCCGACACCCAAUUCGUCCUAAACCUUACCCACACCAUCUUCAUCCACACUAUCUUUCUCUCUCCUCUUACUCCCACCACAAUCUUACCAGUCUUUCACUAUUUUCAACUUCACAAAAUAUGAAUUUCUGAAAUUUACAAAAUACCCACAAAAAUCUGAUUCUUCCCUGAUUGUUUGAGCUGAUGAUCAUGCUGUAAGAAUCUGAAAAUUACGAAAAAAAAUCAAACUUUUUUGAUGCUUUUUUGUGGGGUUUCUUUGGUUACUGGUAAUUUGAAAUGAACCACUCUCCAGCAGCAACAAGUACUGCGUCUUCUUUCCAAUUUUGCCCUCAUGGGUACUUCAAAUUCUCCGAUUUUAGGCAUGCCCAGAAGCUGUUUGUUGGUUCGUAUGGAUUAGUGUUGCAGAGGAAGGAGCUUCAUCGCCUCAAAUUUGUGGUUUCUGCUGAGCUCCCAAGGCCUAUUACUCUCAAUUUUGGUUUGGAUUCACAGACAUAUCAACCUCAUGAUGUUAAUCAACUGCGUUGGAUUGGUCCUGUUCCUGGAGAUAUUGCAGAGGUGGAGGCUUACUGCAGGAUAUUUAGGGCUGCAGAAGUUCUACAUACUACACUGAUGAACAUGUUAUGUGACCCUCUCACUGGUGUUUGUACUGUGUCGUAUGAUUUCUCCUCGGAGGUGUUGGAAGAUAAGAUAGUAACAGUUCUUGGAUGGAUGAUAUCUCUUUUGAAUAAAGGAAGACAAGAUGUUCUUUCUGGCAGGUCAUCACUUAUGACAUCCUUUCGAGUUGAAGAAAUAAACACUAUGGAGGAUAAACUUCCGCCACUUGCAACUUUUAGGAGUGAAAUUAAGAGGUGUUGUGAAAGCUUGCAUGUUGCUCUGGAGAAUUAUUUGACACCUGGAGAUGAUAAAAAUCUUGACGUAUGGAGAAAACUCCAGCGCCUUAAAAACGUGUGCUAUGAUUUGGGUUUCCAACGUGGGGAAGAGUCACCCAGUCAUAUGUUGUUUGCCAAUUGGGUUCCAGUAUCUAUGUCCACUAGUAAAGAAGACAUAACGACUACUGAUUCUGAUGUGGCUUUCUGGAGAGGUGGUCAGGUGACUGAAGAAGGUUUACAGUGGUUAUUAGACAAAGGUUUUCGGACCAUUGUUGAUCUUAGAGCUGAGACUGUGAAAGACAAUUUCUAUCAAGUUGCAAUAGAUGAGGCUGUUGGCUCUGGGAAGGUUGAACUGUUUAAGUUGCCAGUUGAGAUUGGAACAUCACCUUCAAUGGAGCAGGUUGAGAAAUUUUCAUCUUUGGUAUCUGAUCCCAGCCGGAGACCCCUCUAUCUACAUAGUAAAGAAGGUGUGUGGAGAACAUCUGCUGUGGUUUCAAGAUGGAGGCAAUAUAUGGCCCGCUAUGAGUUACAGCACGUUUCCAGUAGUCCCAUUCCAGUUGAUGGAACAUUAGCGCGAGGAAGAGAUGGAAUGUCUUCAACUGAUGCACCUUCAAGUGUAAAUAAGGAGAAACAGCUGAAGGAUGGAAAUGCUCUGCUUCCAAAUACGACAUAUUAUACAAGUAGCUUCAAUGGGGUGCUGCAUGGUCAAGAUUCUGUAGUUAUUGAAAAAAAUGUUCAGCAAACCAAGGAAGGUCACAUUAUUCACAGUGGUGGUGUGUCAUUGACUAAAGUGAAUUCUAGUAUGUUAGAGUCUGGUACAGGCGCAAAUAUUAACCCAUUCAAGUCACAGCUUCCUCCCAACAACGUCUUGUCUAGAAAAGAAAUGUCCAGAUUUUUUGGUAGCAGAAAGAUCUCCCCUUCCACCUUUGUCAAAACACAACAGAGGAGGUCAGUGUUGCUUCCUUCUCCCAGAGAAACAUACACUAGUAGCAUUGAGAAAAUGGAGCAAGUUAGAAUGGAGUCCGAGUCGGUGCUGACAGAACCUGAGAAUUCAAAUGGGUCAACUGGCAGCACAGAUUCCUCUUUGCGUGACUUAAAUAAAGCCAUAGGCAAUGAUACGACUCUAGCUUACAGAGAUGCCUCUAGUGGCACAAUUGUUAAUGGAGACAGGCCUCGUGUUAUAAGAAAUGAUGUUCUAACUAGUGUGACGAAUAAAAAUUUGGCCAGGGACACAUCUGAUGCUAGCAAGUCUGAUCAGAUGAAUAAUGGUCAUUCUUCUGUUGUUCCAGGAGAAAAGGGUGUUGACGAGAACAUGUGUGCUUCGGCAACUGGUGUUGUUAGGAUACAGUCAAGAAAGAAAGCUGAAAUGUUCCUUGUACGCACUGAUGGAUUCUCUUGUACAAGAGAAAAGGUGACAGAAUCGUCACUUGCAUUUACUCACCCAAGUACACAGCAGCAGAUGCUUAUGUGGAAAUCUACACCAAAGACUGUUUUAUUACUGAAGAAGCUUGGACCAGAACUUAUGGAAGAGGCUAAAGAUGUUGCUUAUUUCUUGUAUUAUCAAGAAAAAAUGAAUGUUCUUGUUGAGCCAGAUGUGCAUGACAUAUUUGCAAGAAUACCUGGAUUUGGUUUUGUUCAAACAUUUUAUGGUCAAGAUACAAGCGAUCUUCAUGAGAAGGUUGAUUUUGUUGCAUGUCUCGGAGGAGAUGGGGUGAUUCUCCAUGCAUCAAAUUUAUUUAGAGAUGCCGUGCCUCCAGUGGUGUCAUUUAACCUUGGAUCUCUUGGCUUUCUCACCUCCCAUAGUUUUGAUGACUAUAAACAAGACCUUAGACAAGUUAUUCAUGGAAAUAAUACUACAGAUGGUGUGUAUAUAACACUGAGAAUGCGACUUCGGUGUGAGGUUUUUCGGAAUGGCAAGGCAAUGCCUGGUAAAAUUUUUGAUGUGUUAAAUGAGGUCGUGAUUGAUCGUGGUUCAAAUCCUUACCUUUCGAAAAUUGAGUGUUAUGAGCAUGACCGACUUAUAACCAAGGUCCAAGGUGAUGGAAUCAUUGUGGCGACACCUACUGGAAGCACAGCGUAUUCAACAGCUGCAGGAGGUUCCAUGCAAAAAGAAUACUGGGUGGGUUGCUAGCCAACUAACAACCAAAGUCACAGCCUCCUAGGCUCAUCUGCCCUAAAAAUUGAGAAGCUCAGAUGGAGUCGUCUGGUGGGUUUAGAGGUACCUUGCACCUUUUGUUCUCUUGGCUCGUCUUCUGAUUCUGUUCUACAUUUCUCCUUGAGUGCUAAAUUAUAGUAAUAGUGAGGAAUAAUUGUUAUGGAUCCACUUGUGCAACCGGUCCAAUUUCUCCAAAAAGGCCCAAACACCUAUCUAGGUCUACCAACGAAGGCCCAAGCACAACAACCACAACAACAAUCCCAACGGUAAAGAGGGUGAAGCAAACAAAGUCAAACAGCAAAGCUAGAAUUGGAAGGAGACAUGAAGAACAGAGCUUUUGGGUGGCAAGCCGAAUUGGGAAAGAAGACAAGGAAGACAAGCCAUGGGAAGAAGACACUUUUGUGUUAUCUCUUUGUUUUGCUUUUGACCAGAUGACAAUCUUAAUUAAUGUUAGGGCAUUGUAAUUGUUGAGAGUAGUUUGUGAGGAAGUAGCAACCAUCCAGAAAUUAAGUGAAACCUUGGUGAGAUUAGUAGCCUCAAGCUACCAUGAGAGUUAUAGCCUAAAGCUGUAUUUACCCUUCGUUGAAUCUGUAAUUCGAACUAGUAUUGUGUUAAAUUAAUUAAAUUGUGCUAGUGAAAAUCUGGUCCAUCACAAUAGUAUUGUUAAAUAGUGAUAAUUUUGUUAUUCUUGCUUUCCUUUCUCAAUAUACUCUUCUAUUUGCAGCAAAACUGUACAACUAAUUUGCAUGUGU